AUGGUUCGUCCAUCAACACCACCGCCGAACCAGGCAGCCGCCCCGCCCCCCACCGCGACGCCUCCCACGCCAGCAGCAACCCGUCGCAUGGAAGAGUCCCGCCUCCGCGCGAAAGCACUCCGUGACCGCCGCGACGCCGAGCUCGCCGCUUCCGGCGCCCCCUCCGCUCUGAAAACAGCCUCGGGCUUCGUCGCGACCCCCGACGUCCACAUUACAACGGCCGGCGCCGGCGCAUCGCGCUCGGCAGCAGACGCCUCGCGCAAGCGCCCGUACUCGUCCAUCUCGACCACUGCCUCCGGCACGGGCUCGCAGCCGCCGCCGCCGCAGCACCCGACGACGAACCGCGAUGCGCGCGACACCAACGCCGUGCCGCGCCCGGCGCGCAACUUUGCAAAGUUCGUCGACUACAACAUGUCAGCCAUGACGGACACCAAGGGUGGCUUCCUCACGGCCGAGGAUGAUCCGCACAACACGGCCCUCGUGCCGAGGCAGAAACCCGGCGGCGGACCGGCGCAGGAGGAGAAGCCCAAGGGCAUGUCCUCCCAGGAGUGGGAGCGCCUACAGCUCCUCCGCAAGCUCCGCCGCCAGAAGGCGGGGCCCUUCGAGCCCGGCCUCAGCGUGCUCGCCGACGACGCCGCCCGGAAGAAGUGCAAGGACUGCGGCUCGUACGAGAUUGACUUCGUCUGGGACGAGGUCUUUGGCGCGCAGGUCUGCCACGCCUGCAAGGACAAGCACCCGGAAAAGUACUCCCUCCUGACCAAGACGGAGUGCAGGGAGGACUACCUCCUCACGGACGAGGAGCUCAAGGACGCAGCUCUGCUGCCGCAUCUCUCACGGCCGAAUCCGCACAAGUCCCACUGGCACGACAUGAUGCUCUUCCUCCGCUUCCAGGUCGAGGAGUACGCCUUCACGACAAAGUGGGGGUCCGCCGAGAAGCUCGAUGAGGAGUUUGCCCGUCGCGAGGCUGACAAGAAGCGCCGCAAGGACGCCAAGUUCCGCGACAAGCUCAACGACCUCAAGCGCAAGACCCGCACCGAGGCGAUCCGCAGGCAGCAGGCCACUAUCGCCGCCGGGUCCGGCCCGAGGAAGUUUGGCGACUCGGUCGGCGGCGGGAAACACGUUCAUGACUGGGGCCGGGCCGUCGAGAACGAAGACGGCAUGACAGUCAAGAAGUGCAACGGCUGCGGCAUGGAGGUGGAGGAGUUGGAGUUCUAA